AUGAGCCCUACAGAUGUGGUGUUGUGGUGGAAUGUUUUUAUGAAGUCGAGUGCUUGGCACGUCGCAUUGACCAACGCUGAACGCUUAUUCUUUAUUACCAAUUUCAGAAUGGUGGAGAAGUUGCCUGAUUUCAAGAACAGUUUGGCUCUUAUCGAUAUAUUGAUCAGAAAAAAAGUAAGUGGUAGGAAUGUUAACGAAAACGGCGAGCCGUUUGAUACAACGUUUCUAGUUGCUGAGGAAGUCUUUGCCAGGGCUACCGUGAAGAAGCCAGAGACGGUUUCGAUAUGGUUGGGCGCCAAUGUCAUGGUAGAAUAUGAACUUGAUAAAGCUAGAGAGCUGUUGGAAAAGAACAGAAGUAGCGUGCAGAAGGUGGUGGAUGAGCUGACAGCCGAGCUAGCGUAUGUGAAAGAUCAGAUUACGACAACAGAAGUGAAUAUUGCCCAUGUGCAUAACUAUGGUGUUAAUAAACGGAAACGGAAGACAGCGGCAUAG